UUAUAAACUUUACACCGAAAUAUUCCCAGAUUUGUGGUCUUUGCACAGCAUGGGAGAAGACAAUUUCAAAAAUUUUCAAAAAACGGCAAAUCGAGUUGUACUUGCUUACAAAAUUUUUGUAAUAUUGCUCGUUUUAGCCGCUACUAGCGGAUUACCCUGGUAUGGAGAUGAGUACGAAGUUAUGAUUCCUGUGAAAAUAUUCACAGAUGUAUUCGGAAAAUGGAGCUUUCCUUUCACGACAAUUUUCUACUUGUCGCUGUAUCACAUCGCUUUUACUAUUACGGGUGGCACGACAAUAAUUGUUUACUUAGUGCUACACUUGUACACUCAGUGCCUCUUGCUUAAUCAGAGGCUGGAAAAUCUGAGCAGUUCUGUAGAUUCUUUGGACGUGGCGACUCUUCAAACGAAUGAAGAAUAUCAAAAUAGAGUGAAAAAUGAAAUGAGUUGCUGCAUUCGACAUCAUCAGACUUUACUUAAAUUUUUAGAUCGCAUUAACUAUUUUUUUUAUUACAAAAUCUUUUAUUUUACUGGAAGUGGUAUAAUGUUCAUUGUAUGUGUGAUACUCAUUCCUAAACCUUACUCAAUGAUGAUGCGAAUUGCAUUAAUCGUAAUUCUGACAGUUUUCGGAGGUGGAGCUUUCGGUUUCCUUGGUCAACAAGUCGAAGACGAGUCCGAACGUAUUUUUUAUUCUGCUGCCAACACUCCUUGGUAUCUAUGGAAUACAAAAAAUCGCAAACUUCUUCAACUGCUUUUGCAGCAGAGCCAACAUAAUAUGGUGAUUUCUAGCUCUGGAAUUAUCACCAUCAAUUUCCAGUUUUUUAUCAGGUUGUAUCGGUGUGUUUAUUCAGUAAUAAUUUUCCCUCUCCGCACGCCGAUAACUUUCACUAUCUUCACCUGCUGCACCGUCGACCACGCCGUCUUCGCCAGAAAAACUCUCCACAAAAACCCGAGCCGAGGCGGCGUCGCAGGAGCCGCUCUUGUAAAGUCACCAUUAAGCGCUAUUACCAGAGAAAAACGAAUUUCUUCGCCGGCUGUAAUCAAUGGUGAGUGGAUCUGCGGUAAAAAACGACGCAAGGUCGAGCCGCCAGCGAUCAUCCGAAGAAAGCGGGCGCGCCCAUGGAUCCAGAGGCGUAGCGGCGGCAAAUUGCCCAAAUCCGGGCGGUUACACAAGAUGCUCGCUUUAUGGGGCGGUUUGGCCGAUCUAGAUUAG